AAUUUAGGGUAUGCACCAACAUAGCGAGUAGCUGCCUUUAGAUUACUAAAAAAGAGUCAGUUAAUUGAUGGAGUUGGUUAGUGAAGAAACCAUAGAUGAGCUAAUUCAAGCUCAAACUCAUAUAUGGAAUCAUACAUUUUACUUUAUUAAAUCCAUGUCCCUAAAAUGUGCAGUUCAAUUAGGCAUACCAGAUGCCAUUAACAGCCAUGGCAAACCCAUGACUCUUUCUGAGCUGGUUGCUGCUCUACCAGUCCACCCUAAAAAAACACAUCAUCUCUACCGUCUCAUGCGUCUUCUUGUUCACUCUGGUUUCUUUGCUUUGCAGAAAGUUGCUGAUAAUCACUGCCAAGAAGGCUAUUUGCUUACACCAGCGUCUCGUCUCCUCCUCAAGGACAAUCCUUUUUUAGAUUCCAGACCCUUCAUAGCCAUGGUGCUUGAUCCAACUGUAACAGAACCUUAUAAUUGUAUGAGCACCUGGUUCCAAAAUGAUGAUCCCUCAGCAUUUGUCACUACCUUUGGAGAGCCAAUUUGGGAAUACGCAAGCCAUGAAGCUGGCGUUAAUCAUUUGAUUAACAAAACGAUGGCUAGUGAUAGCUCCCUGAUUGGCAGGGCAGUGGUUGUCAAGUGUAAGGAGGUAUUCCAGGGGCUGAAUUCACUGGUGGAUGUUGCAGGUGGCACUGGAAAUAUGGCCAAGGCCAUUGCUGAUGCAUUCCCAGACUUGAAGUGCACUGUGUUGGAUCUCCCACAUGUUGUUGCUGAUUUGCAAGGCAGCAAGAACUUGAAUUUUCUUGGAGGAGACAUGUUUAAGGCUGUUCCUCCUGCUGAUGCAAUUUUACUGAAGUGGACAUUACACGACUGGCCUGAUGAAGAAUGUGUGAAGAUACUAAAGAAUUGCAAAGAGGCAAUUACAAGAAAUGGGAAGCAGCAGGGAGGGAAGGUCAUAAUCAUUGACAUGGUGAUGGGAAACCAAACAUGGGAUAGUGAUGAUGAUAAGAUCACUGAAGCACAGCUACUCUUCGACAUGGAAAUGAUGGUUUGUAUCAUUGGUAAGGAGAGAAACGAAAAGGAGUGGGCAAAGCUCUUCUUUGAUGCUGGAUUCAGCAACUAUAAGAUAAACCCUGUAUUAGGCCCCAGAGCUCUAAUUGAGGUUUAUCCUUAAUCAACAACUUACCUUGCUACUUGAUUUCAUAUGUGAUAGGAAGAAAUAAGAGUUCAAAUGCUGAACUACUUGGCGAAUGAUGCUUUCAUAUGUAUGUGGUUAUAAUUAGAACUAAGUGUUAUGAUAGAAUGGUGGGUGUGAUCUGUUUCAUAAUCCAGUCUUUCAUCUAUAUAUGUAUGUUUCUUUGCUGGAGCAUUUGUAGAUUGCAUCAUUGUUCGAUGCUUUACUUCAACGACUCAUAAGAUGCAACUCUCCUCAAUUGAUGCUUAGGAAUUAAAACUGAAUCUCUAGAUUUUCAACAAUUUCUUUCACUCGG